AUACGCAAAUAUGGCUACUGGUAUUCUCCCGUUACUAGUUGCCAUCAGCAACCAAGCUCCGCUAAACCUUGUGGAAGAGGCUUUCAACAACUUCAGCGCAGAGUAUAUGUAUGGCGAUGCAAGUACUCGAAUUGCAGGUACCGAUGUUUUCUUCGAUCAGUACGAUUUCAUAGUGAUCGGAGCCGGGACGGGUGGCUGUGUAAUGGCCAAUCGAUUGAGUGAAAAUAAGCUGUGGAAGGUGCUUCUGCUGGAAGCAGGAAAAGAAGAAAAUUUUCUACUAUCCGUACCGCUUGUAGCGACGCUGAAUACGGAGGCUGGAUACACCUGGGACUAUCAGAUAGAACCAAUGGAUACGGCGUGCCUUGGACUGCCUAAUCGCGUGUGUCCCUUGCCCAGAGGCAAAGGGCUUGGGGGGUCCACUCUUCUGAACUAUAUGAUCUACACCCGCGGCCAUCAAAUGGAUUACGAUGAGUUGCUGCAAGCGGGAAACUACGGUUGGAGUUACGACGAUGUUCUGCCAUAUUUCGAGAAGGGAGAAAAAAGUUAUCUGAAAAUUUCCCAAAAUCCGUAUGAAUCUUCUUAUUUGGACAGUUUUUACAAUGCCAUGGAAGAGAUUGGGUAUCGAAGAAUAGAUCCGAAUGAUAAAAUUCAACUAGGUUACUAUAAGCUACGAACAACAACCAGCAAUGGCAGACGACACAGCGCAUCGAGUGCAUAUCUGUACCCUGUGCGCAACAGGCCAAAUCUGCACAUUUCUGCAAAAUCACACGUUACAAAAAUUCUGUUGAAUCCGAUAACCAGAUUGGCAUAUGGCGUUGAAUUUAUAAAGAACGGCAAGCUCUAUCGGAUUACCACCAAAAAAGAAGUAAUACUUUCAGCGGGUGCUAUUAGCUCCCCUCAACUACUGAUGCUAUCUGGGAUUGGACCGGAAGAACAUCUUGCAUCUCUAUCUAUACCAGUGAUUAAAUCACUUGCUGUUGGCCACAACCUACACGAUCACUACAUCUACAGAAAGCUUGAGUUCCGUCUGAGUAAACCGGUACCGGGUGAAUCAACCGCUAGCCUGUUUCAGCAGUACAUCACUAAUGGUACCGGACCGUUUUCGCUACCGGUUCGACGUGAAGCCGUGUCGUACAUCAAAACACCCGGCUCCAGUUUACCUGGUAAUUAUCCGGACAUCGAAAUUUUUGCAGCCACGUCUUUUGUUAAUCGAGAAGAUACCGAUGUGACUAUGCGACUUCUGGGGUUGCCCAAUGCAAUCAGGGACUCCGAUUUCGUGUAUAGCUCUGGCGAAGAGAAAAUUCAAUUUAUUCCAUUCUUGAUGUGACCAAAUAGUCGCGGAAGGAUUUCUUUGAAAUGCCGAGAUCCUUUCGUAUAUCCGCGAAUAGAAGCGAACUAUCUUGCAGAUCCAGAUGACGUUAAAACUCUAAUCGAGGGCAUCAAACUCGCUGUCCAGAUAGGAGAAUCCCAACAUUUUGCCAAGUUUGAACCGACGCUAGUGUCUGUGCGAGAAUGUGAGCAUCUCCGUUCAGUGGCAAGUGUUGAAGAGUAUUGGAAAUGUUGUAUUCGAUACUACGGUAGUGGAACGUUCCAUCAAUCGGGAACUUGUAAAAUGGGUCCCGAGAGUGAUCCGAUGGCGGUUGUCAAUCCAUUGCUGCAGGUACAUGGAGUUUCGAGCCUUCGUGUGGUAGAUGUAUCUGUUUUGCCACAACCAGUGGCCGCUCACACGAACGCGGUUGUGUUUAUGAUUGCUGAGAAAGCAGCCGAUAUGGUAAAGAUGCAUUGGAGCUCGGACCGUUGUAGAAACGAUGGAUUUCCUUUCUUUGGGCGAUAUGAUCAGUAAGCAGAAAUAGGAUUGUUCUAGAUGCACUUUUUAGCUAGAAUGUAUCCAGGUAACCAUAAAGCAUUAGCAUUGGCACAUUCUGUCAAAUAUAUACCGGGAAUUCGUUUUUUUAAAUAAAUGAAGCAACACACUUUUUCAAACGAACAAUUCAGUCAUGGAAACACUAUUUAAAGCUGUAUUCAGGAAUUGCCUUCAGUUUACGCAGCGAAUUCGAUUUUAACACUUUGACGUCCGCACGAUUUGUAAAAAAAAUAUUCGCUUGGCGCCGGCAGCACUUAUUCGGAUUACCUGGCUUGUCGCCGCCCGUUCUUGACAUUAUCGGGAAAUUAUAAAUUGUUAAGUUUCACUAAUCUCAUCGAUAUUUUUCAUAAGUUCUCAACCCUGUUGCCCUACUUUCAUGACAUUUCGAUGAUAUGCAUACGUAAAUAUUACAAACCUGUCAAUAUUCCCCCCACUAUAUGCCCGUGCGGGUAAUCAUCGAAAAAAUGUUCUACUUUUCGGUCUGUUUUUAUUCUAAUAAAAACAAUGAAAAACAUUCGGACGACUAAAUCGAAAAACAGUGUAUUGAAAUGCAAGAAACUGCAUUUAAGCUUGGAGAAACAUGAGUUUCGAAAGAUGAAAUUGAAGUUCUUCUUAAUAUGUCCGUAUUUCGCCACCUCCCCUAUUUAUAAAAAUAUAAAAAUUGUUGGGCGUGUGUAAGUAAUUGUUACCUAAACAAAACCCCAACAGUACGUAACCACUGUGGUG